UGUUCUUAGAGUUGUUCACUGGACAAGCAUACACAAGACCAAAUAUUGAAAAUGUUCAAGAUUCUUGCCUUAGUCGCCUGCCUGGCAGUUAUUGCUUCCGCCCAGUAUUAUGGGGGAGAUCACGGUCAUCAUCACGAAGACCAUCACCAUGCACAUCCCAAAUAUAAGUACGAAUACGGUGUAAAGGAUUCACAUACGCACGACCACAAAAGUGCCUGGGAGCACCGUGAUGGAGAUGUUGUGAAGGGACAGUACACUCUGGAUGAAGCUGAUGGAACUCACCGCGUUGUGGACUACCAUUCGGAUCACCACCACGGAUUCCAGGCUCAUGUUCAACGGAAGGGUCAUGCACACCACCCACAUGGAGAGAGCUACGCCAAUAUCGAUCAACAUCAUUGAUUUCAUUUUGAGGCCAUACUUUGUGUUGACAACUACUUGAAAUAAAGCAAUUGUUGUUAGUAAAUUAAGUAUACUUUA